AUGGCCGUGCCAUAUGUCAAGUGCCAGAUUUCUCCUGUGUCAACAGCACCUGCCCGGGCCUGUGAAGAUUCUCUUGAUGAGGCCUCAGGCAUAGCUGCACUCUGUCACCCUCCUUCUGAGCUCUUCCUCACACAUGCUCUCAAGAUUGUGAACGCCAGCACUGAGCCUCAGCCUGUUUCAGCUGCGGCCCUAGCUCUCCAACUGCUGAGCAGCAGUAAGACCUUCUCUCGGGUGGAGGAGCCUUGGACCUGGAAGGAGGCCCUGCGGUACUGCCGGGAGUAUUGCACAGACCUCGCAGACCUGGAGAGCAUCAACAGCCUUAUGGACAUCAUGGAGGUGUACUCCUACACCAGCGGUACCCAGGCAUGGAUUGGCCUCUUCUACGAUAUGCGCCUCUCUGACCUGAGCUGGUCUAGUGGCUCCACCUUCACCAUCCCAACAUGGGUCCAGGAUGGCAUCUGUGCUACUCUGUACUCGAGGGCGAUGUUCCCCGCCCUCGGGGCUGCCUCCUGCACAGAUCAGAAGCCCUUCAUUUGCUAUUAUGACCCCGCUGUAGGGCACCGCAGCUCCUCGGAGUCCUCUCUCAAGGACCUGACCACUCUUCCAGAGGAAGCCAAGGUCAAGAUUGGUGGACAGAUCUUCAUUCGGAUUGUUAAACAAACCAUGUCAUGGCUCCUGGCUCUGAACUACUGUCGCAACCACUACACAGACCUAGCCGAUCUGCAGAGAGUGACUGAUGAGGACAGAGAAGCCCUCCAGUCCAUCACAAGUGAUGUUGAUGCCUGGAUUGGCCUCUACUUCAAUAUAAAGAUCAAUCUGACCUGGUCCAGUGACUUGGGAUCCAGCGUCCCUGAGUGGCUACAGCCAAUACCCAUAUUUGGCCAAGGACUGUGUGCAGGACUCCGUACAUUUGCGAAUCACCCGCAGAUUUAUGCAGUGACUUGCCACACGUUGAUGCCUUUCAUCUGCUUCUAUGACCCCUCAAUUGGACAUCGGAAGUCUGCAGAGAUGCCUUCACUCAUUGAUACUUCCUCCCAUGAAGGGACUCACCCCUCAAGAGUUACUACCAGGACAACCUCUUGGCCAAACGCAGGGACAGGCACUGGCCCCAUAGGCGCCUCCCAAGCACUGGUUUCAGCAACCGGGAUCCCGCAGCGAGUGAGUCAUGGACCAAUGGCGGUCAGCUCUGCUACCUGUGGCUUCAGCACCUGUGAUACCACAUCCACCGCCACCACCACUGUGGGCCUCACCUCCCUCCAGCCUCAGGGGAAAAUUUCAUUAAGUCCUCUGACGACCCCUGCACCCUCAGGAGCUGUGACCAGCACAGAGGGUGGCACACAUAUAGGAGCUAUAACUAUUACCACUCAGACCCAACAUAUGAGCUUACAUAAGUACCCAGAGUAUGAAGAGAAACCACCAGCAGCAGAAUCGGAGCACUCCUUUGGAAUCUUGAAAGCAGAUUUUACCAUCCCAACACUGGGGGAUCCAGGAGAGAUGAAAGACCAACUUUUGAGUGAGAUCCAAGAAGCCUUAAAGCUUAUACUAGGUCAUGAGGAAUUCACAUUGAAAUGGAUCGGCUUCGAAGUAAACAAAAACUAG